AUGGGCUUGACCAUUCUGGCUGCUGGCACAAGCAUCCCAAACCUCAUCACCAGCGUCAUCGUUGCCAAGAAAGGCUUUGGUGAUAUGACAGUGUCCAGCUCUGUUGGGAGCAACCUCUUCGACAUCACCGUUGGGCUUCCAGUUCCAUGGCUGCUGUUUGUGGCAGUGUUCAGGCGACCAUACCAUGUGAACAGCAAAGGCCUGCUCUGCUCCAUCAUCCUCCUUUUCCUCAUGCUGGUAGCCGUCAUCAUCGUCAUCGCUGUGUGCCGCUGGCGCAUGAGCAAGGUCAUGGGCGUUCUCAUGCUCGUCCUCUACGUCAUCUUCGUCGUCAUCAGCGUCUUGCUGGAGUUUGAGACCAUCAGGUGCCCGGCCUGAGCCCGUCUGUGUGUCCAGAUACCACCGACCCACCUCUUUUGAACAUUACUACCAACACAUCCAGCUCUAGUCAUUGACAGAAAAGACAUGACUGAGAUCUUAUACAGUAGAAUGUCCUCACACACUUUACAAUACGUCUAUCUUUAGUUAAGCGUGAUACAGACCUCGGACAUGAGGCU